GAAAUGGGGAUUUUGCAGUAACCUUCCCCUGAAUUGGGGAGGGAAUGGAGAUUUUACAGUAUCCUUCCCCUGUCACGCCCACCAAGCCACACCCACAGAACCGGUAGUAAAAAAAUUUGAAACCCACCACUGAAAGACAUAAUUAUCUGUAGUGGAUUUCUAAUGGAAAGAGAACCUGCUGGUGGAAAACUAGGCAAACGUUUCUAUCUGUAAUAAUCAGGAAGACGUGAGACCAAAAUUUAAUUUACGCUAUUCAUAACAAAGUCAGUGAUGGGAAUAUAGGUUUUGCAAGGAAGAGAUUCAAAGUUCAAAAAUAUUCCGCCACUCAGAGAAUACUAAACAGGGUGUACUAGUGGCCUUAACAAAAACCUCCAUCCAUGUUUUUAAAACAAUUCAGAGAGGGCUAGUUAAAUAAGUAAUAACAAUAUAAAUCAGGAACAAGAAUAAUAUCAUUUAUAUACAAAAGCACAGAAAAGCACAGCCUUAGUUCUCAUUUAAGUAAUUAACCUAUGACAAUCUGUGUAGUAAACUUCUGUUCUUUUCUUUUCAGGAACCAAAAAAAAAAAAAAAAUCUGUUCGUCUGUUUUCAGGAACAUUGCCCAUUCUUUCUGAAAGCCAGAAUUGUGAGAGGUCUUCAUUCCCAAACUGACAUUAGAGAAUCUUGACAUGCUCCAGGCAAAUAUUUUUAAAGAUCUAUAUUGAAGUUGGAGGACACUGGCCUAGAGGGAAAAGGACACAUGGUUUUCCUCGGCUGGAGAAGAUUGCUACACUUUUGUGGUAGGACCAGCCUUAGAAAAGACUUGAAGCAGAAACAGAGAGGCUGUUUGGUUUGGAGGUGCUACCGUGGAGGAACUUCAGGAAGACAUAUAGAUCCUGAGCUGAGAAUGUUUCUAGAGCAGAAUACUGAGAUCAUUGACAGUGGGAACCUGACCCCAGAAAUAAGAUUACGUCUUCUAACCCCUAAUUGCAGGUUUUGGCAUGACAAAGCUGCUUUGUGGCCCUAUGGGGAGCCCUACUGGGCAAUGUACUGGCCAGGAGGCCAAGGAUUAUCCAGAUACCUUCUUGAUAAUCCAAAAGUGGUCCAGAAGAAGAAAGUUCUGGAUCUAGGAAGUGGUUGUGGAGCAACAGCUAUUGCAGCUACACUAAGUGGAGCAUCACAAGUUGUUGCAAAUGAUAUUGACCCUGUUGCAGCUGCUGCCAUGGUGCUUAACUGUGAACUGAACAACAUAGAUCCCAUCCCUGUCUUAACAGAGAACCUGAUUGGUACAGAUAUAGGCAAGUGGGACCUUAUUGUCAUAGGGGACAUGUUUUACAGUGAAGAACUUGCAGACAGCCUCUCUGAAUGGUUGAAGAAGUGCAUCCAGGAUGAUAAGACUGAACUGCUGAUCGGGGAUCCUGGCAGACCCUAUUUUGUGACCAACCAAAUUCAGAGAAUGUUGCACAAAGUUAGUGAAUAUGCUCUCCCUAAAUCAUCACCGGAAGAAUACAAUGGUUCAAUCAAAACUAUUAUCUGGAAUUAUCAGCCUUAAUUUUUCAGAAGUCUUGGAAGUAUUAAAUCAGUUGAUGUUA